AUUGAUGAGUCGAAAUCAAUCGCCUAGAAGAUUUUAAAAUGUCUUAGAUAAAAGACAUUAUAGCAAAUGUUCUGAAAUCAAAAUACAUUUCUUUGUAAAGAAUCUUUACAUGGGGAAUCAAACAGAGGAUCAAUUUCUAAAUUUUGUGAAAGAUAGAGUGUAGAAGGCGGUAAGAUUAUAAUGAUAAGUAGGGCCCUUGCGAAGUGAUUUAAAUAACAGAUAAGAAUCCGAAUGAACGGACUAUUGAUAUAGCCAUAGGGAUGCGAUACGAUAAUGAUGCCAAAUUGAUAUAUAUUGGGAAGAAGCAUAUCAAUUUGGUAUCAAAAAAUUAAAGUGAAAAGAAGAUCAUUCCUUUGAUUAGCGAUAUAUUUUUGAUGAUGCUUAGGGUAUUGAAUAAACUUUAUUGGGGUGUUAGGAAAAGGGAGAAGUAGAUAAAUCAACAUUGGAAGAGAAAUUGAGAUAGUAGAGAUUCGGAGAUAAAAAGAGGGAUCGAUCAAGUAGUCAGGAAUCAUAAAAAUCAGAGAAAUCAGAGAAAUCAGAGAAAAAGAAGAAAGAAAAUGCGAUAGUCUUGAAUUUGCAAGUGAUCCCACAAUAGAAAUUAAUUGCUCCUCCUGUUGUGGAUAUCCAGCCUGUGCAAAUAACAAGUAAUGAGUUGAGUGAUGUAUUAGUUCCGAAGGAAACAAUUUAUGUCUUUGGGAUUCCAUAAGAAUUCAAUUUACAAGAGUGUUUGAUGGAUAUUAAAAAUAGAUUGAAAUUAUAGUAAUUACCAGAAGGAACAUUCAAGAGUGAAAAAUAGUAAGACCAUAUUUUCGAAUAUUUGGAAGUGCAGUUGGAAAUGUUGUAAAAGAAUGUGUAAUUAAAAAUUAAGAAUGUUCCAUGUCUAAUAUGCUAGAAGAAAAAGAAGACAGAUUCCUUUUCAGAUAUCCUCAAAUAAUAUUAAUUAUUCAUCAAAACAUAACACCCUAUCAAUACAAAUAAAUUAUUGAGCGUCUUCCAAUAAUAUGGUGAUAUCAUAGGAUUAUAUGAAUUAUUAGUUAAGUAAAUAACAUUCUCUAUUUCUAGUCAGGAGGAAUCCUCUAACUCUUAUUGUAUAGUCUACACAUCUGAUCAAUUUAUCAAGCAUUUGAAACCUCCUGGGUAAAUUGAUAUUCCUGAAGAAAAGACAGUUUGCGAAUAUAGAAUACCAGAUCAAAAUGUGGUCUCAUUUCAAAGAAUCCCGUAUAAAAGCACUUUAUAUGGACAAAUAACAAGAGAAUCUAGUAGCUCUAGUAGUAGCAGCUCAUCAUCAUCAGUAAUCAGUUUAUUAUGAUUAAUAGUCAUCACGGAGCAGGAGCAAUAGUAACCCUAGAAAAAAAAAAUAAUACAGUAUUUAUCUAUUAUUAUACAUAACAUUUAGAUAAAAAUAAUUAUAACAAUCGGAAAAGAUAAAACUUUAGGAGAAACAAUAAUUAUCAUGACAAUUGAGAUUAG